GUAUGGAAAGAGCGAGACAGAGGUGGACACGGUCUGUCUUAACGCAGAGAGCCGACCUGCUUAGUGCGCAGUGACAGAGGAAUACAAAAACCCAUAGCAAAUAGACAAAGUUUUGUGUGACCAGUCCCCCUCCGCGCGGUUUUCUUUUUCCCUUGAACGCCAUCCAGCUGGUCCAUGGGUUCAAGUUGCACAUAGGACUUGCGCUUACAAGUUUCCAAUGUACAGAUACUUGGAGACGACUGGAGAAUCGAGCAUGGGAUUAUUUUUGUAAUGUGGAUUGCUAUUCCUUUGCAAGAAGAUAAAGGUCUGCUGCGGAACAAUGUGAGACGUUUUGCGUCUAGGAUUCUCGUGUUUCUGGAUAUCUUGAAAAUCAUUGGCAACAGUUGAGAUUGAAGAAGUUAUGCGCAAAGGAUUGUAUGCUCCGACCCCGGGACCAACAUGGAUUUGCCAUUACAACCCCCUGCCCCUUAUUUAGAGAAGUUCUAGCCGGUCCACUUGUUUUGUUGUUGUUGUUGUUAUUAUUGCAAACUUCAUGCUUGAGGACAAAUCGCCACAUUGGCCUCUUGGAUUUUAAACGUCGCCUGCCUUUGGAUUGGAUUUCAAACACGAUGAACUUUAUUGACAGUUUGACUCUAUUAUUUUUGACGCUGUCAGCUGUCAAGAGCGCCCACAUACCGAAGGAACCAGAAAGAGGUCCACAUGCCGUGAUCCCUUUAAUGGAGGUGUACAACAAGAGUUUGUGUAAGCCUCGAGAGCUGCUGGUGGAGAUUAUGCAGGAGUAUCCGGAGGAGGUGGAGCACAUCUUCAUCCCGUCGUGUGUGGUGUUGACGCGCUGCGCCGGCUGCUGCAACGACGAGAUGAUGCAGUGUAUGCCAACGUCCAGCUAUAACGUCACAAUGGAGAUAAAAAGAAUAAAACCACAAAGGCAACAAAAUGAUAUUUUCAUGAGUUUCACAGAACACAGCGCAUGUGAGUGUAGGUCAAAGAUAGAAGUGAAAGAAAAAAAACCCCGGAAAGGGAAGGGUAAAGGCCAAAAGAGAAAACGAAAGAAAAACCGCGACAAAACAAUUCACGAUGCUCUUUGUGAGCCAUGUUGUGAGCACUGCUCAGAGAGGAGAAAGCGUUUGUUCGUGCAGGAUCCCACUACCUGCCGAUGCUCCUGCAAACAUACAGACGAAUACUGUAAAGAACGCCAGCUAGAGCUCAACGAGAGGACCUGCAAAUGUGACAAGCCUCGGAGAUGAGAGAGGCGGCAGCACCAGAUGUACAAGAUGAAGGAAUAUUCUAGAGAUAUUUCACAGCACAGCACUUUGACCUUUGAACCGUAAGCUCUUCUUUUCUGUGGAAAGCAUUCCCCUUGGACAGACAGAGAGAACAAUACAGAAAGUCUGAACUGAAGUUCCCUCCCACUGUUUAUCUUUGUGUGUAUAUAGACCAUGAUAAAAGUAAAAAAAAGUAGAGAAUUGUUAUGCUGCUACAGAAAAAAUAAAUACUAAACCAAUCAUUUUACAAAAAGCAAAUAGCCGCCAUGUGGUUUUGCAUUUCUAACAGGCUUGCUAUGCAGGUGUAGUCUUGUUGUCAAUUAAUUGUAUGCAAUUACUUCACUGGAUAUGAGUCUCUACUGUGGUUGUGUGUCAAUCAUAAAAUUGCAAAACCUCUCAAUCUAAGAUAUAUUUAACUGCUAAAAGGUGAAGCUGAAGAGGACAUGGGAGCGCACUCUCUAAGAAUAAUGGAUGGAUUUCAUCGGACAAUAUCUACUUUUGCUUUUGGAGUGAAAAACAGCAGGACAAACCAGGACUGUUGAACAAUGCAGGACAGACACAAUGUCACCAUUGUGAUCAGCUUGCAGGAGAAGAAACUCUGGAGUGCCAUUUACGAGUAAAGGGAUACCGGUUAUCAAUAUAGCAUCUAAUGUUUUGCUAUGUCCUACAUGAAAACCACUGAAAAUAUCCUAUACUGUAGUUUGAUUCCAUUUGAAAAACUGUGCCUCACACAAUUUACUGAGAAAUCUUUUCGAGUGCUUUUUAAAUUAUUUUUUUGUGUCCUUGUUUCAGGAGGGGUUGUCAAGGUAGUUUUGUUAGUUGUUCAAUACGGAAACCUUUGAUUAUAUAUCUCUUCUCUGAACCUGUACAUACUUACUAUCUCCUUAUGCCAUAGUCCAUUUUAGAUAAUUUAUAAUGUUAUAGAGUAUGUUUCAGUAUUCAGUCUUCUACCCAUAUUUAAUUUGGUCUAUUUAUAUAUGCAGUGUUAUGUACCUAUGGCUGUCAUAUUUCCCCCUAUGUGUAAGGUCACUGAUGGCUUCUCUCAGCAUGGACUCUCUGUGCUUUUCUACAAAAAAACACAAAAAAAUCGAACUGAUUUGUUAACAUUCCCUAAAUAUAUCAUUUGUACUGGUGUACUGAUGACAUCUCUGGAUUUUUCAAGCCCUCUUAUCUAAGGGUGUGGGUGCUGUGUAGGAUUUCAACAUGUGUGUAUCUGUGUGUACGUGUGUGUGUAUGUGUGUUAAUGUGCAUUUGUCAAUGGGCACAUCUGUGUGUAAGUAAGUUGUAUUAAGGUAUUUAAGUAAGUAGCGGACUUGUGUUUUGUCCGUCCUGCAAGAUGCAAAAACAAAUAAACUACUGCUAGCAGCUCAUCAUACACUACACCACCACCACCGUUUGAAAUUUGGAUAACAAUCUGCAUCAUUUCUGCCAUCAGUCCUAGAGCCCUUAUUAGUUCUCUUUGUCUCUCCAUUACUAUUAACAUGUUUUCUGUGUCUAUGUAAAACAGUAAAGCAUAUUUAUUUUCAAAUUAUAUUGUUUUUAUAUAAAAUAAGCAAAAGGUU